CGCACAAGUGUCACUUUACGUCUGGUCUAAGAUCUGCCACGAAAUGGUUUUGCUCGACAAUGCUAACUUUAUACUGCGCCUGGAAAAAAUUGCCAAUGAAGCGAGAAAGGAUGCUUCCUUCACGAUGACAUUCAAACGCUACGAUGGGCAUGAUAGACCUGUACCUCGUGAAGGAAGGAAACCACUGCCGAAACCCGAAACGUAUAUGUGCUUAAUGCGUGCCCAAUUCAAAUCCAAAAAGAUUUCCACAGUAGUUCGCCAGGAAGAUGUUCCCACAAUGAUGGCGAUGUACUCACAAUUUAUGAAGAGUAAAAUGGAUGGACUUAAGCGCGUUAAGAAAGUGAAAGCCAAGGCUAAGGCAGCUAAGGCAUAAUACACGCUCGGUAGCUGCGUUUUAAUUAGUUAAAGCUCUUAGAUAUUUACCAAUAACCAACGUUCCCUUGUAAAUUAAAAUUUUUACGGCA